AUGCAAUUAGGCACCACCAAAAAUUAUUUUUGGUCCGAUUCAAACAUAGUGUUAGCUUGGAUAUCGUCUCAGUCGACAAAGUGGCGURCGUUUGUUGCCCAUCGCGUAGGAGAAAUACAGGAAAAAACGUCGGUAUCUGAUUGGGCUCACGUUGAUACGAAAGACAAUCCAGCGGACAUAAUUUCCAGAGGCUGUUGUCCGACAAAAUUAAUCAAUAUGCCGUUGUGGUGGCACGGCCCCGAUUGGUUAGUAAAAGAUGAAAAGGACUGGCCUAAAUCUAUUAAAAACGAAAAUAUUCUAAAUUUAGAAAUACCGGAGGCUCGGUCAGUGACCUUAACUACCUGCAAUGUAAUACCGCAAUAUCUGUCAUUAAUAAACAGGUACUCAUGUAUAAAUAAAUUAUUACGUGUCGUAGCAUACUGUUUACGUUUUUGCUACAACAGUUCACAUAAAAAUUCAAAGCUCGACGGCGUACUCGGUGUGGAAGAAGUAAAUAGAGCMCGGACAACAAUAAUUAAGUGUAUACAAAAGGAAGCAUUUUCGCAAGAGAWUAAAGAGCUGAUCAAUUCGAAUAAGAUAGCCGUAUCAAGUAAGUUAUUCCGACUAUGUCCGUUUUUAGACAAAGAUAACGUUAUACGGGUAGGAGGAAGAUUAAAAAAUGCCGCUACGUUAGACAACUAUCAGCACCAUCCAAUUGUGUUGCCGGMGGAUUGUCACUUUACACGGUUAUUAUUUAAGUAUGAGCAUGAACGAUGCAUGCACGGUGGUCCACAGGCGACAUUAUGUUCGMUACGAUCGAAGUACUGGCCUUUAAACGGACGAAAUAUAGCCCGAAGUAUAAUACAUAAAUGUAUAACAUGCUUUCGUUAUAAACCAGUAGUCGUACAACCGAUUAUGGGUAAUUUACCCGCGGAACGAGUAGAACCGACGCGCGCGUUUUUAAAUUGUGGAAUUGAUUAUGCGGGUCCGUUUAUGAUUAAGACAGCUAUGCGCCGCAAUGCUCCAUUAGUAAAAGGUUAUGUGUGUAUUUUUGUUUGUUUUUCAACAAAAGCAGUAUACAUCGAAUUAGUCGGCGAUCUGAGUACACCAUCGUUUAUUAACGCAUUAAAUCGUUUUUUUGAUCGACGAGGAAGAAGUAUAACUAUUUAUAGCGACAACGCGACAAAUUUUAUCAGAGCAAAUCGCAAAAUGAAAGAGUGGAAGGAUCUAUUUAAUUCAGAACAACAUAAAAAAAGGUACAAGAAGCUUUAA